AACACACUGAACAGUAUUCUCCAUUAAUGAUUUCUAGGCUUACUUUCACUUCCGGUAAAAGGUUUUGUUGUCAUUCUUGGGAUCGUGCAGAAAUUUAUCGACCGGUUUCGUAUUCUGCACCGACUAUCAUGUUUUCCUGCAAAGUCAUUUUACAUUUAAUUAAAUGCAAUAUGUUAGGAAUACGAAGAUUCCGCUGUCUUGGGCAAAAACCAACAGAAUAAUCACAAAAGUGAAGCCUUUUUGUUUGCCAAGACCCUUGGCUACAGCGAAAGGUGUCACCACGUGCUAGUAUUUAGGCCAAAGUCUCCUCUAAAUCAGUCUGAAAGGGAGGCAGAGAGUAAGAAGGAUAUAGAAUGGAUAACCGUGGGCUGUUAGAAGCGAAGGAUAGCGAGAGAAGAUGUCAAAUCGCGGGAUGCAAUGAUUUGACUGUAGGCGCGAGGACCUCUCUGUGCCGAAAACACCGAAACAAUAAAUACAAGCAAAAUUAUAAAAAGAAGAAACGCAAGGCCCAGGGAGCAGAGGAUAAAAAAGGAGCUUUGGAAAAUCAAUUGGCCGAGGAAAAAUAUCACUUGGAACAGAAGUAUGCCAGUAUGUUGCAGCAAGUUCUUGUGCAAAAAAGAUUGGAUUUAUUACAGUCAGAAAGUGUGAUAAACCUUCUGAGAGAUCAUCAGCAAAAGGUCCGGGAAAGCAAGCAAAAAGAAGUUGCUGAAAGUAAGAAUGGCUCACAAGUUGCCAAAGAAUCUGAGCUGCUAGCCACCAAAACAGAACCUCAAGAUGUACCUGCUACAGGACAUUAUGCCAAAGGUUUGCAGUCUCCAUCCAAGCAAUGCUCCAACUCAAAGACAUCCAACAAAUCAGGGCAAAUGAGCAGUACGUCACUUUGUGCCUUACAGUCAGCUAAACCAAAAUCCUCGACAAAAACUAUGAAUAAAUGCACAACUGCAAAACCUUCGCUUCAGAAUUCGGAGGAAAUCAUUCCUCCAGGUGACCUGUCGGAUUUUAUUGGACUUGAAGGGAACUUACUUGAAGGACAAAAUAUGUCCCCCUUUGAUUCGGCGGUAGCUAGGAUGCAACCACCGCACGCGGAUAUGGGAAGGGGGAACGGGCAAAUUUCGCAUCAGGAAGGAAGUGGAAAGCAGGAAGAUUGUAAUACACAACAACAACAACAACGACUGCAGCAACAGUUGCAAAAACAACAACAACGGCCUUCACAACACAAAACACAAACGCAGAACAAACAACCAAGAGCAUCUAAAAAGCAGCAACAACAGCAAGAGAUGAAGAUUCGACAGCAGCAACAGUAUAUUCAGCAACAACAAGUACAGCAUAUGCAACAGCAACGAUUGCAGCAGCAGCAAUUACUUCAGCAACACUUACAGCGACAGCAGCAACAACAACGAAGGCAUCAACAACAACAACAACAACAACAACAACAGCAGCAGCAGUUGCAUCAGCAACAAAGACUCGAACAAAGUUGUGCCACGGCAAACAACCCGAUCCAGUUAAAGCAGGCUCUUUUCAGCACCGAGUUAUCCAUCGGGACUUUACCCUCGUCAUCUAAUAACACUCAGACUCGCACUAACACUACCCACGUGUCGGGCACAAGGCCGAUACUUCCACGAACGCCCAUCACUAACAAUCAACAAUUGAGAACACGCAUCCGGCCAGAGGCUGUACCCAUAGCCCCUGCCACGCCCACCCAUAGGCGCAUAGUUCCGCUAAUGCCUUCAGUCUCAAACGCCGACGAAAGGUUACCUGUGAUCACGGCAGUCAUGUCAGGUCAGGGCGCGCCAACUGUCAUGCCGCACACCUCGUCAGCGGUUCUUAAUGGUAAUUUGACGGACCCUGCGGCGUUUUCCGUCGCGCAUGCGCCCCAGCAAGGUUUUUCUCAGGAUCAUGGUAUUAGUACCGUUACUUCUAUGAGCAAUGGGGUUAUGGACUUCCUUCUCCAGAAUGUUGCCGAGUUUCAGGCGCAUAGUAAUGGCUUGGUUUCUUCUAACCAGAGCUGGUCAAACCAGUUGAAAUCAACGAAUCAGGAUCAAUUCUUGUUGCAAGUUUUGCAGGACGUCAAGAACAGCAAUUUCGACAUGAACGCACUUAACAAUCCUGACAGCCAAUCACAACACGAGCUAUCAGACAAAGCUCCACAAGAUCGACAUGUUUCCCCGUCUGUAUAACUCCGGGAAUGGACUUCGGUCGCUUACUGUCAAAACUAUGUCCAUAACUGUUCCCGGGGAUGCUCGCUCAGACAUAACCCCGCAAAGUGAAAACCUUUUUAAAAGUUGAUCUAUCACAUAUUCAACUGCGAUAACUAGGGACAGAGAACACAACAACACAAAUAUCAAAACUGAAAAAUCAGGCACGCGUACUUUACAAAAAAGAAAUUGAACUCAAAAUUCCCCUCCCGCCGUCCUCCAUUACCCCCGAAAAGAAUAUAUGAGGCUGUCUUACAAUUUUUAUUCGAUAACUAAUAUUUUCUCGCCGAUUUUAAACCUCAACCGUCGAAGAACGUAUGCCACACGAACCUGGAAAUUAUUUAUUUCUAAUACAAGUGAAUAGUAUUAUUUGGAAAAAUAUGAUAAUGUAUUGUGCGCGUUUUUUCUUAUCUAUUGUAAAAAAUAAAGAUACGAAUGAUGAAAA